AUGACUGUGACGGGUACAUCACGGUGCGUGCAUGCAGCGCAUGUAGAGUCGACUCUAGAUGGGGAGUUGGUGGUAUUAGGGCUGCAAAGGUAUGGGUCUGCACUUGUUGUACCCGCCAAAAACCCAUACCCAUCAGAGUGGGUAUGGGUUUUUGCUGGGUAUGGGUGCAGAGUUCAGAGAUCCAAGUUUGGGGUUGUUGGUGGAUGGCAUAGACACUUUGGUGAUAGUUAUACUGGUGCAUGGGGUGGGCUUGGACUUGUCAUUGCUUGGGAGUUCUGGGUGUGGCUAGAACUUCUUGGAUGGAACCCCUUGGAGAAUUCACACACCUUGGAUGAAUUUUCAUGGUGUGCUUCACUACAUGAGUACUGUGGAGAUAAUGAUGAUCCAGAGUCAGAUACAGGCCCAAAUGAUGACUUGGUUUCCAUUAUGAUUUCCACAGCAGUCAUGCCCCUCAUCUGCAAGGUGAUUGAGGUGGGCGCACUUAACUCAUACUCAGCAUUGGAUACCCACAAUACGAUAAACUUGGCAGAGCAAGUGGAAGCUUCUAUUGGACAUAACAACCCCAAAUUCCAGGUGACUAGAUACCUCCUGGUCACCACAAACAAGUUGCUAUUCUGA